GUUUGUAAAUAACACAGACACGUUGAACUGUUGUUGUGUUUGCUAGAGUGCUAUAUUUGCAAGUUUCAUAGUUUGCCUUUAGAAAAUAACAUCGAAAAUGAAUUUUGAAGAAAUGGCAGUGAUUGAAGAACAUAGUGUUUGUGAAGGGCCUGCUCGCAAGGAAUCGGGAAAACGCGGACGAAAGCCAGGCAGGAAAUCGGCUGAAAAAGUGGACAUGAAAGCCAAAUUGGAACGCAGCCGUCAGAGUGCAAGAGAAUGCAGAGCUCGUAAGAAAUUACGUUACCAAUAUUUAGAAGAAUUAGUUGCCGAUAGAGAAAAAGCUGUCUUUGCACUCAGACAGGAAUGUGAACAGUACCUAUUUUGGGCAAAAGAAAUAGACGCCGGCAGGAUCCCAGAAGGACUCCAAGAAGCUUUAGAGGAUCUUACCAUAAACCACCACGAACAGAAAGUGAAUUAAAUUUAUUGUUGUGAUAUUAAAGGAACAUUUACUCUCGAAAGUACAGUGAGUUACAGGAAUCAAUUUUGUUACAUAUGUAAAUUUUAUAUUUAUUGUUUCUAUUAUUGUCAAGUAUGAGGAAAUAUAUUUUAAUGUAUUUUGA